UACGUGUUUUUAAAUCUUCGCUCUCUACAAAUAAAAAAUAAAAAAUAAAAAAAUAAUAAUAAUGGCGGCCAUGGCUACCAGCGAUCUCUUCCUUCUUCCCACCCGCGACGAAAAGCAUUGCAGUUGAAAGAAGAAAGGAAGCAACACAGCGCCAUCUCAACUCUCUCUCUCUCUAAAUCUCAUUCUGCUCCCCUGUUCACUACAGGAGAAAUUUGUUGGAAGGAAACCGAUUUUGCCCCCUUGAAGAGAGAGAGACAGAGAGAGAGAGAGAGAGCAUAUAUGGUAGAUUAGGAGGAGGGGAAUGAAUGGGCGGUUUACUUUGUUUAUGGUGAGAGUAUAAGUAUUGAUUCCGGAAAGAGAGAGAGAGAAGAAACUCCUUUAGAGGGACUGGAAUCUGUCUAUGGCAUGCCUCGGGAAGAAACAGGCAAGGGAUCAACGCUGCUACAAAUGGAAUCCUCCUUCUUCUUCCUCAACUCUUCUCUUUCUCUCUUCUUCUUCUUCUUCUCCUUCUCAACACCUACAAGGAUGCAUCUCUCCUCGACCUCGAUUCCCAUCUUCUUCUUAUUCUUAUGCGCCUUCUCUACAGGUGACUUUUUGAGGGCAGAAGCAUUUACAGGCACAUAUGGCAUCAAUUAUGGCAGAAUUGCAGAUAAUCUUCCUGCACCAGAGAGUGUUGUCACACUUUUGAGAGCAGCAAGGAUAAAGAAUGUGAGAAUAUAUGAUGCCGAUCAUAGUGUUCUCAAGGCAUUCAGCAAGUCUGGGCUUGAGCUUGUGGUUGGCAUCGGGAAUGAGUAUUUGAAAGACAUGAGCGUGAACGAAGAUCGUGCUAUGGACUGGGUGAAGGAGAACGUCGAGCCUUUCUUACCUGAUACCCAUAUCCGAGGGAUCGCAGUAGGCAAUGAGAUCCUUGCAUCAGGUGAUCAGGAGCUCUCGGAGGCCCUCUUGGGUGCGGUUAUGAAUGUUUAUAAUGCUGUCUUUAGGCUUAAACUGAGCGAUCAGAUCGAGAUCUCGAGUCCCCAUUCCCAAGGGGUGUUUGCUUCUUCGUUCCCCCCUUCGGCUUGUAAUUUCAGGGAAGAUGUUAUUCAAUACAUGAGGCCUCUUUUAGAAUUCUUUUCUCAAAUCGGCACUCCCUUCUAUAUCAAUGCCUAUCCAUUCCUUGCCUACAAAUCAGACCCUGACCAUAUCAAUCUUAACUAUGCUUUGUUCAAGUCAAAUCCUGGGGUCUAUGAUGCCAAGACUAAUCUGCACUAUGAUAACAUGUUUGAUGCCCAAAUUGAUGCUGCCUAUGCUGCAUUGGAUGCUGCUGGAUAUAGUAAGAUGGAGGUUCGGGUUUCGGAGACUGGAUGGGCUUCAAAGGGGGAUGACGAUGAAGCUGGGGCUACGGUUGAAAAUGCUAGGACAUAUAAUUUUAAUCUGAGAAAACGUCUUUCCAAGAGGAGGGGGACACCAUUGAGGCCAAAGAUUCCAGUGAAGGCAUAUGUGUUUGCUUUGUUUAACGAGGACCUGAAGCCUGGGAAAACCUCGGAGAGGAACUUUGGACUGUUCAAGCCUGAUGGGAGCAUUGCUUAUAAUAUUGGGUUUACUGGGUUGAAGCCCUCGUCAGCGCCAUCAUCUUUCUUGUCUUUGAAGGACAUGCGAUCGUGGGGUUUGUCUGCGCACUACAGCAUGGUCCUAAUGGCGUGCUCUUUGAGUCUGCUUUUGGUUUUGGUGCCAUGAUAUUAAAGAAGUUUUGGACAGUCAUGUCCCUUGGAUACAGUUUCUUGUAACAUUUGAUGUAUCAUUAAUUCAUCAAUUUAUGUAACUAUGGUAUAAUUAUUUCCCAUCCUUGUUUCAUGUGACUAAUCGUUUUUAGCGUUUUAUCAGCAA